AUGGCAACCGAAACAGUUAUCUAUAACGGGCCAUCCCGUUUGGAAAUUCUCAGCGCCGAGGAUUUUGAGACGGCUUCUGUUCGUUCAGCAGCCCCUUCUUAUAUGUCCGAAGCGCCGUCAUAUCACUCAACGAUACCUACGAACGAAAAUGUACCCGAGUACACACCACCGGAGCCGCGAGGCUCGCCGUUGGCAUCGCCGCCACGGUAUACGUCCAUGCUGAACCCAUCCCCGACGCCAACUCCCAUGACCUCAACAUUUGCACCGGGAGCCGGUUUACCACGGAUACCCUCUCCGCGCCGUCGUAGCGAGGUACCACACCUCGGCCAUUUCCAAGUCCCAAGCUGGUCCUCAAUGAGCAGCAACCCGACAGCUCGCCACUAUCAGAGGGUUGCCCACCGUCGCGUAUCUGCUGCUAAUGGGUCUCACUGGGGGGGAGUCGAAAGCGCCUUGCGGUCGGCAGUCCAACGCAUGAACGCUGUGGCUGCGGCCGACGAUGCUGACCCCUAUAAAGUGCGGCCUCUCGAAGAUCCGUACCUGGUUGGAGAGGAAGCGGCUGCGAAGGCGAGAAGCGAGAGACUAGCAAGACAGAAUGGAGAUGAUGUUCUGAUUCGCGAGGACAGACACUGGGAUUGGUUUCUGGGUCAGACGAGAGGUGCAGAGGAACGCGAGCGAGGUUGGAGCAGCUUCCGCACUAACAUCGAUAGUCGUGGGAGACUCGCUCGCCGCUUUGGUCGAUGA